GUGCGUGCCCACCAGCUUGUGCUCCCACCCUGUGAUGUUGUAAUUAAGGCUGUGGCCGACUUCGUCCGCAACAUCCCAGAUAUCACCGACCUGGAGGCCAUCGCUAAGGACAUCUUCAAGCAUUCACAGUCGUGCACUGAUGACAAAGUCAUCCGCUUCAAGAAGGCGGUGGAGUAUUACUCAGUGGCCAGCAAACCUCCCCACUUCCCUCCACCCUUAGUCAGACCAAAACACAUGGGAGUGCCUGCUGCAGUGCCAUCUCCAAAAAUGCUCAACAUUCCACAGGUGCCGCUGCCUGUAAAACCUGAGGUCCAGCACUCGUGCCCGGAGCCUCUGGUGGAGUGCAGCCUGGCUCUGGACUCCGUGGAGAGAGGCCCCGUGGAGCAGAACAGCUUCAGCAACAUUCCUCAUGAAGGGAAGCACACGCCGCUGUAUGAGAGGUCCUCUCCCAUCAACCCGGGCCAGGCCGGCAGCCCCAACCACACAGAGGCCGCUUUCUUCAACGCCUCCUCAACAUCCUCCUCCUCGGAGAAUGAAGAGAGCUCGGACACAACUGCCAAUCAUGUUAGUGACCAUAAGAGAGGAUGGGAGAAAAACGGACAUACUCCACAUUCUGCAAACACACCGGAGGGAGACCUGGAGGACCAAACAAAAGCUGACCUCUGUGUGACCUUUACUGUGAGCCCGGGGUCGCAGGCCGGUGGUCUCCACAGCCUGAAUGCCCAGAUCCCCUCUCUGCUCUCCAUGCCCACCAGGAACCACAUGGACAUCACCAUCCCACCUCUCCCCGCCGUUGCCCCCGAGGUCCUGCGGGUGGCGGAGCACAGGCACAAGAAGGGCCUUAUGUACCCUUACAUCUACCACGCUCUCACUAAGGGAGAGAUUAAGCUAUCAGUCACCAUUGAAGAUGAAGCAAACAAAGACCUGCCUUCAGCAGUGCAGCUGUUUCGGCCGAUCCGUCAAUAUGUUUACGGAGUGCUCUUCAGUCUGGCCGAGGCCAGGAAGAAGGCUGAGAGACUUGCCAUGAGGAAGAACUGCCUCCCUGAAUAUACACAUGUAAUGGUCAAAGAGUGGGCCGCCUACAAAGGCAAGUCCCCCCACACUCCAGAGCUGGUGGAGGCUCUGCCCUUCAGGGAGUGGACCUGUCCCAACCUGAAGAAGCUGUGGUUGGGGAAGGCCGUGGAGGACAAGAACCGCAGGAUGAGAGCGUUCCUGGCCUGCAUGCGCUCCGACACUCCGGCCAUGCUGAACCCUGCCAAUGUCCCCACGCCCCUCUUGGUGCUCUGCUGCGUGCUGCGGUUUAUGUUACAUUGGCCAGGAUUAAGAAUUUUGCGUCGUAACGAACUUGACGCUUUCCUAGCCCAAGCACUUUCUCCUAAACUUUAUGAGCCUGACCAGCUGCAGGAACUGAAGAUCGACAACCUGGACCCUCGAGGAGUCCAGCUGGCCGCUCUGUUCAUGAGCGGAGUGGACAUGGCUCUGUUUGCCAACGACGCGUGCGGACAGCCUAUUCCCUGGGAGCACUGCUGUCCCUGGAUGUACUUUGACGGCAAGCUGCUGCAGAGUAAACUUAUCAGGGCCAACAGGGAGAAGGCCCAGCUCAUUGACCUCUGUGAUGGUCAGACUGAGCUGGUCGCCAAGGUGGAGAAGAUGCGUCAGAGCAUCCUGGAAGGUCUCAACUUCACUCGGCCACCUCAUCCUCCUCCGUUCCCCCCUCCGCCUCUUCCACCUCCUCACGGGAUGCCUUUCUACCCCCCCGCGGGCUCCUUCUACCCCCCACCCCCUAUGAUGCCUCCUCAGGGGAGAAGUAGAGGGAUGCCUGGACUUCAAGGAAUGUCGUCGCAGGGUGGGAAGCUGGAGAUCGCCGGCACUGUGGUGGGUCAGUGGGCUGGAGCUCGACGCAGCCGAGGAAGAGGAGGCUUCCCUGUCCAGGUGGUGUCUGUUGGUGGAGCAAAUAGAGGUCGACCCAGAGGUGUGAUUUCCACGCCCGUCAUCAGGACGUUUGGUCGAGGAGGCAGGUACCACGCUCGAGCCUUCAAGAGUCAGGGAGUGUACCUGGGUAAGCCCGCUCAUAAGCCUGCUCCUACACCUGGACACGAUGCAGCGAAGGAGAGAAAGAAGCCCAAGCCAGAGGAAAGGAAAGCCUCCCCCGCGCCGUGUGACAGCUCAACCGCGGAGAACGGCGUGGAGGACAAAGAGCUGGACCAGCUGAACGGAGACGGAGAGGAACGCGGGGCUCUCAUCCAACCCGAAAGUGCCUUUAGCAGCGACUCCAAGACGUGCAAUUCUAAUCCUCACUUAAAUGCACUAAACGUAGAUGGCGGCCGCCAUGGAGAUGAAGGUCUGGAGGCCGCCGUCUUAAAAACAGAAGAGUAAGCCUAUUUUUCUAGAGAGGGUGAAGGAUGAAAGGUGGAGCAGCGUUAGGAUAUCUGGAAAUUUGGAAUGCCUACAGUCGAUUUUUCCUGUCAAAGAGGAGAGAUAAAAUUCGGAUCCCUCUCAGUAAACCGCGAGACGUACGACACACUGCUAAUUUAAGGAGUCGUUCACUCCCUCGUCACCACGAUUUCUACACGUUUAUGAGAUACUUUUCAUUAGAAGAUUGAAACAUUUUAGUUCCUAUAGGUUGAUAUCUUCCAGUACUCGGUGCCAUGUGUUCGCCAUAGUACGGCUAUCAAAUUUUGUGUUGUCACGAUAACUGCUUAACAGAAACCGAGCGCAUAAUGAGAAAGCAACACGCCACCACUUUGCGUUGGGUUCAUGUUUAAGUAACUGUGUCCGUUUAGUUCGGUCAUUUAGCUGUAAGUAACAUUUGAAGAAAAGGCUCUAAGAAUCCGACGCAGAAGAUCUCGUCAAACCGAUCCACCCAACCCGGGUUUCUGGAAACAAAUAUAGAGCUGUAGUAUUACCGCUUCAACAAAAACCUUCUGCAUGGUUCGCAGUUUAAGAGGUGUGUAGUUAUUCUGCAUGUUGUCCUUUUUCCUCCAUCUUUUACAGAGUACUGUGCCCAUUUGCAAAUUUAAAGAAACGUCUGAUAUCAGCGAUAGCCCAUAAAGGUGUUAACUGUUAGUGACAGAUUUGUUCUGACCUUGAUUUGUUUGUGAUACUGAUCUCUGUUGCAUUUAAUUAAAAAAAAAAAGUUAUCUCGCCACUUUUGAAAUAGUGAAUUCACACUAUAUUGUUCUCUGUUGCUGUUUUCUGCAUUUAGUCAAAUAUCUAAAAAACAAAACCCCAUAAAAAGCUUUGAUCAGAAUCACCCCUUUUUGUAGCUGAAAGCAACUUGCUCGACCUUCCAAUUAAGACUUUAGCCAUCAUCCACUAAUCAACUUUGAGAUUUACUUUAGUGUCGUUUUUACAGUCUCCCUACUUCUGUACCAGAAUCAUCAUUUAACAUUUUAAUUCUCCUUUUCAUCUUUCAUUAGUGAUCAGAGAAACAGUGUACUCCCCCCAGUCCCCCACGCAAGAGCUAAAUAGGUUACCUUCUACGUAAGUUGAUCAGAGUUUCUUCCUAACUCAUGGGUUGUAACAGAAUGAACUGCUUUUGGGAUUGAUUGAGUGUUGAUGGAUUGUGGCGUGGUGUAUUUGAAGGCAACUUAGCUACAAUGCUUAAUAAAACUAUAUUCUUUUAGUACAA